UAUAGUACCUUAUAGCUUAAACAAUAAGAAGAAAAAAGAAUAGAUAAUGUGUAUCAUAUCGCCUAUAUAUUGCCGCUCAGAUUAAAAGCUGUGCAAAAAAUUUGUUAUCCUAUCAACUAAACUGGAAUUGAACCAGUAUAUUGAUUCAACGACAUUUUACAGGGUUAUGAAAACUUAAAGAGGUUCCGUCAUUACAUAAUAGGCACUCAAAUCGCGAGAAAAAAUCAAAUGACAGAAACAAAUGAAACGAAUCAUAUGGUUUUCAAUUUGGCAACUCGCACAUAGCUCAACGCACAACGAAGGAAGUGAAUAUGAAAAAACUCCCAAUCUAGUUUAACAAAUUGUUAGAGGAUAAGAUAGAUAGAUAGAUAGUGCCCCAAAUCAUCCAAAACUAGUGAAAAAAUCAUAAUAAUAACGCUAUUAGUAAGAAUAAAAUAAUAAUAACGGUCGGAGAUUUUUGGCAGGCGACCGAAGUUCAGUGAUCUACCUUUUUUACUAUGUUCUGAAAGCUACUAUACAACCUUAAAAGGGAUAAAGAAAUUAUUCUAAGAGACCCCAACCCAAAUGCAAGAAUAUGGUGGCGGCGGUUCGAGCAAGACGAACGAGUACCGCGACGGCGAGGGCAGGGAGGCGAGGAGUCACCAGGAGGGCUACCAGCAGCCAGGACAGUACUCCGCCCAACCCAAGAGCUAUGGAUGUUCCAGUAAGGAGAUGUCUGAUCAAAACAUGGCAACAUACUGCAGAGUUGCCACUGGUAUAUAUGAAGCAACUACAUCUAGCCAACAGUACCAGAAUCCAAGAUAUGACAAUCAAUCUGCUCCUCCUACCUUUAGUUCUCCACCGAACUCUCCUCUGAUCGGCUUGGUCUUCGAUCCAUCAUCGCCUAAUUAUGGAGGUCCAAUUGCCUCUGGAGAACGAAACUUGAACAGCGACCGGCGAUCACAAAGUUCUUGGUCUAUCUCCAAUCAAGAACCUAUUGGUACAGGAGCAAAAAAGAAAAUUGUUAAAAGUCAUGACAAACGUAAUAGCCAUAGUUCUGACUCCCGUUACCAUGAUAAGUACAAGGACGCAGGUGUGGAAACUGAUCGCCAGAGGAAGGAUAGAAAUUUAACUGCAGAAUCUACAUCUAGUCUUGAUUUCUUCGCUGAAGGAGAAAGAAUGGUUUCAGAACUUUGCAAUAUACCUGAUACAACUUCAAGGGGUGAUAUUGCUCAGAAGCCAAAUUAUAAACAAAACAAUCAAGAAGAUGACAAAAAUAAAGCUUCAAGCCCUUCAGAGGCUCUGUUGUCUAUUUUGGAUAAAAUAGUAAUUCAUGAUCAAAUUCCUAAUCAAAUAGUCCAACUAGCCAUUGAAGCCUGUACCGAUGCUGAAAAUAUAGCUAUAGCACAUCACAACAGGCCGUGCUUUAAAAAUAUACAUUCUAUAUGUGCUAAAACUAGAUCCAAUGUACAGAAACCAGAUAGCGCUGUUGCUAAUUUACAUUCUCAAGGGAUCCCAUGGGUUAUCAAAAAUUUUAUAUUCUCUUUUGUCAGAAUAUUGGACGGAUGGAAAGGGGUAAAGGAACUGCUGAGCGAAAAACAUGACACAUUUUCUAGAAUAGAAAAUAAAUAUUACAGCCCCAAUAUAAGGGAAUGUUUUGUACAAUGGCAAGCUGUUACAAAAGAAAUGCUUACGCAUAUCUAUAAGACUUUUAAAUGUCUCGACCAUGGAUUUACAAUGGAACAAAAGAGUUUUACUCAUAGUUAUUAUGUCACUAACACCUCAGCCCCACGGCACCAAAAUCAAAAUAAAUUUCAAGGUAUGAAAUCCCAUACUAAUACUCAAAGACCCGUGAAUGCUUCUCCAACACCUUUUAAUGCAGUUCAGCCUCCGUGGGUACAAAAUCAAAAUCAAGCAUCUUCUCAAAACUUCAAUGACGGGCCAUGGCCACCUAGAUCAAGUAUGAGUUAUAAGAAAUUUCCUGUAGUGCCACCACCCAACUCUCAAAAUUUUUAUCCAUUGAAUGACCAAAAUGACAUGGAUAAUUUCCAAAAGGCACAAUAUAAAUGCGAUCCCUGCAUUGUUAGAGAGACCAAACCCCGUCAAUCCUGGACUAUUACAAAUGUUCCUGACUUUCGAGCCCUUGAGAGCUUAUGUCAUUCUGAACAAAGGGAACUUUACAGUCAAUUAAAGCACAAAAUGGAUGCAGAAUUAGGAAAAGCACCUGGCCAACCCAUUACAGGAAAUUUGUCUAGUGACUUAUUGCAGAGAAGAGAAAUGGAGCUGAAAGCAAAAAUGAUACCUUUGAGUCACGUUGAGAAGAGAUUAAUACCAAAUAUUGCCGCAAAUGCUGAAAUGAGAGGAUGCUAUAUGCAAAAAAACAAUAGCUGUGGCGAUACUAAAGAAGAAACAGAUUUUUUUGCGGCGUGGGGUCAGAUGGUCCAAAAAGAACCUAAUGAUUAUAUAACUCAUCACUCUCACAAUAUUCCAUUACAAUCGAAUAUUGUGACGAUUCCAAAUAAUAUCUCUGGCCCCGUACAAUUUCUUGAUCCUGAAAAUGAUGAGUUUCACGAAAUUUCUAAAGUUUAUAUGAAGCCCGGAAGUUACAAAGUGCCAAUUAAGCCAGCCGACCCGAUAGCUGUUUUUGUUCAAGGUACCUCACAAGAUGUGAUAUUUGAAAAUCCUGUUUUAGAUGAAAUUGCACCUGUGAAAAUUAAAGUCCCAUUUCCUCCGGUGACUUUGGCACCACAACCUAAGUAUAAUAUUGAAUCUUGGCCAUGUCUAAUGUCUCGACCCGUGGAAGAUGUUUUUGGCGGAGAAACAAAAUUAAUGCCACGACAUGGCUUACCUUGUAUAGAUAUGAGAGUGACUGAUUCUUUAGAUAUCUUAAGUUCUAUGACAUCAGAUCGAGCUUGGGAAGCUGCUAAACAAUCUGCCCCUAAACUAAUGGAUUUUAUUCAUGAAGGAUCUAAUAAGUCAGAUGCUGCAAGAUUAUAUGAUGCCUUAGGAUUAACUAACAAUGAAGAAUAUUCCGAUGGCCUAAAACAAGUGCACCUGAAGAUAGGUCACAGUGAUGCUUGGGCUACUGGAAUACCAUCAAACCAAUUACUCACAACAAAAGAUAUGUCAAAUUUAUGGCCUACACAAUCGUUAAAUAACAAUGAUUACACCCUUGCUAAAGGACAAGAGCAAAGAAUGUUUACAGAAGACAUUAUAAAAUUGCUAGAUUCUGAUUCAAAGCCUACAAUAACAGAUGAUAAUGUAGAAUUGCAUGAAAAUAAAACUGAGGCUUCUAAAGAAACACGAUGCGCAAAUUUUGACCAAACUGGUAAUUACGUGAGAGAUGAAAAUCACAAAAAAUCAAGUGGACGUACAAAAGUUGCUGCUUCAGGGAUGUGGUAUCAUCCUAAAAAGAAAAAACCGUUACAAACUAACAUAGUCAAGAAAUUCGAAUCCAUAAUAGCCCAUCUAUCGCAGAUUAACGAAGCUGCAUUCAUUCAACACGAUAUGGAUAUAAAAAUGGCACCGAGAUUUUACGAAGUUGUAAAGUACCCAAUGUGUUUGCACGAUAUAUCUACAAAGCUUAAGAAUUCAUCUUACACAGAAUAUGAGCAAGUGGUGCAGGAUUUCCGGCGUAUUUUCAAUAAUGUGCGUCUGUACUUAAAGAACUAUCCUGAUACAACCAUGAAGAAAAAUGUUAACAAAAUAUCUGCUGAUUUUGAAAAGAUUUUAAGUGAUGAAUUUCAAAAUAAGUGGGAAAAUAAGACUAAAACAUUGGAGAGUGCUGAUUCUCAUGUCGAUACUAGCAAAGGAGCGGAUGUCAACAGUUCGGAGAAAAAGAAUGAAGUGAAAAAUAAGGAAAAUGACUCAAAAAUCUGUGCCACUAAAUGAUAAGAAGUGAAUUAGUUUAAUAGCAAGCCCUAGUAUACAUUUGGCGGAACAAACAUUUUGGAAAAUAAGUUCUAAACGUAUCUUUGAAUUAAAAAUCUUGAUACGUAAGUAUCUAAUGGCAUAUUUUGUAUUAUUGUUUUUUAUUUGUAGCGUUUUAUUUAUACAUUAAUUUAAUUAUUUCCAUAACAUCGCAGUUUGCUCAAGUACUGACUAUGGAAAAUGAGUAAUAAUAUAACAUCUAGUCACACGUGUCCCCUUUUUUUAACAAAUGUCAGUGAUGUUACCAGAACUAUAACUUAAGAUUUAUCAAUUUAUUAUUUAAGCGCUUGCCAAUUUUUCGACUAGACAUUUUUUAGCUUCCGUGUGGGGCCAAAGCUUCGUUGUUCUCUUGUCUAAUUCUUGUCUUCUACUAGCUAGUUUGUAAUUUGAUUCACAUAGGUAAUUUGCUUUCUUAGUACUUCUUGCAUUAAUUUACUUCUUUCUUAUGCUUCUAAAGUCUUAAAACAAAUUUAUGUUUUGUUACAAUGAUUGAUUUUAUCCCAAUAUAAAUAGUAUACAUUCUGUUACAAACGCAAUUCUAGGUAAUAAUUUUGUAUGUCUCUAUCUGUGAUCUGUGAUGUAUGUUUAGGUAAAAGUUGAUUGAUAAUUGGAAUCAUUUAUCACACUUAAUUACUAGGUUUACGAUUCGAAUGAAACAUGUAUAUAGAGCGAGAAGAAUAGAAGAUAGAUGUACACGCAAAUUUUUAAAUACGAAAGUCCACAUUUCUAUAAAAUAAUAGUUACGUAGAUUUUUUAAUACAAUUAAUUGAAAUGCCGCGCAUCGCGGGAAGUUUAACAAAUUUCCUUAUUUAAUUAAAUGACAUUUGAUUUUAGAUUAAUAUUUGUUUAAUUUUGAUUUAAACCCGCCGUUAGACUUCUUUCGACACGCGGCGAGCCAUCUUUACAUAACUGCUGUAAUUUUAUUGUUCUGAUUGUUACUGUUUGUUCAAAGUUGGUUCGUAUAUAAAUAUUUUUUUAAUUAAUUUUUGAGUCCGUUUUACCUGCCAUAGAAUAAGUGAAUUGCCCACGACGACCCGUCACGAGAUUCUGUCCAAGUCUAGAUAAUGCGAGAUAUUGCAAAUUCCAAAUUUUAAAUUUGACGGCGUGCAAGUUAAUUUUAAGUAUUCAUUAAGUUGUGAUUGUAUUAUUUAACUUAUUUACCUAAAAUUAUGGCAAAGUCACCCCCUAUGAUAAUAAAAGGAGUUAUUUCUUAA